AUGGAACAGCUCGGCAUUGUGCUGGAAACACGAGUCCAUACAACCAGACUCAAGGAGCGAAUCCUGGCAUAUUUGCCUGAUCUGCAGGAGCAAAGAAAGGGACGAGAUAUCCUGCUGGUGUAUAAGGAAGACAUUGGCAGUGCACUAGCCAAAGCAUAUCAACAUGACAUUGACAGUGAUGCUGUGUACCUGGCACGAGCUGCCCGCAUUAUAAGGAAGGAUAUGUUCCAGUCAUCUCAGCCUUUCCAUGGAUCCUUCUCAGACAAAUGCCAAGAAGAGUCUGUGCCACAACUGCUGCUGACAAUUGUCUCCAUGAUGCUAGAGGGUGCAGGCAUCAAAAACCAGGCACGUCAAUCAUCAUCCUCAGCAUCUUUGACCAUAGCUCAACUAAUCAAAUACAACAGUGUGAAACAUGAGAGAAGAGGUGCAGCACAGACGUGCGACACAGCAUCAGUCAAGAGACUCCCUUGCCAAUAUAUCUUGGCUUGA